GAUUAAAUGUACAGAGUUGCAGUCAGCAUUCAAUUGCAAGAACUGUUCCAUCGUGUCUCUGCACUGGACUUUCAGAAGACCUCUCAGCAAAGAGGAAUACCCCUCACUUCACAGCCAGGACCCAUCCGUCCACAGUCUUGGGCAGCUCCAGGAAUGGGCACCCACAGUUCUGGCCUCUCUCUCUUGCUGCCUUUGUCUUCUCCUGUCCCCAUGCACAGGAGGAUGCUUAAUUAGAGCUGCUCCGUGGAUGAGGAGGCAGCUUUUAGGGCUGGAGCAGGGCUCAGUGUGAGCAGUGGAUGCAGGAGCAGCACGCAGCAGCAGCCUGCAGGAAGCCGUCGCAGUUUGGAAUUUUCUGGGCUGCUCUUUGAGUGGUUUAAAAUAGUCCUUGAAGUUUUAUUUAACUUGAAAGCAUUUAGGAAGUGAUUUUGAAUCCAUUUGGUUGAUUCACUGCUAUUCCUGCAAUAGGAUGCAGAGCAGUGAUUCUGUAAUUAAUUUAAUUACAUGCUUAUUCAAUCUUUCCUAAACUAGUAAAAUUUCAGAAGGCUUUUGAAUUCAAUGAAAUGCGAUUUCCAGGGAGAGGAGGAAGGGAAAUUUCAAGCUGUCUGAUUUCUUUUCCCCUCCCAUGGAACCAGGCACCCCCAGCCCUGCGUGGGGCACACGUCACGUGCGGGGCUGUUGUGGGAGGGAGCCUUCAUCAAGGAGUUUCUAUGAUGGCAUACAUUCAGGAGAAGCCUUUUUUCUGUUUCCCAGUCCCCCACCUCUCCUUUACUUUCCUGUACCUGAGGGUUCAUUUCUCUCUCUUCUUUUGCUGCCUUUGGAUUUGGCCAAAACAGGAUGUUUUAUAAUUAGGCUGUUGAGUUCUGACCCGCUCCCCGUUGUCCCACGGCAGCACAUUGUGCACAUCUCUGCCCAGCCUGCUCCGUCCCAUUUUCAGUAGUGAAUUUCAAAAUAUCAUUUCCAAAUCUGUCUCUUUGUGCUUUUUUUUUUUUCCUUCUUUUUUUUUUAAUAAAAGCUUUGCAGACAGCCUUGAAUGAGUAACCAGAUAUCUCCUGGGCUCUGGAAUUCAGCAGUCCCUGCCCUUUGUUCGGCUGGGUCAGUGCACGAAUUCACGAGUUACUGAAUUAAGAGGCAGAAAAAUACAAAUGUCUGAUUGUGAUUUGAAUUCUAUUUUUUUUUUCCAGCAGAAGAAAUACAAAGAGGGACUGAUAUUUUUAGCCAUUUAAAAUGCAGUAAUUUAUUUUAAAAUCGGGCUGUUACAAAGGCCAAUUUUUAAAGCAGUGUCAGACGUUGAAUUGUUUUUCCAAAAGGAAUGUAGUGAAAUCCAACUUCUUGUGUUCAUUAAUUAGACAGUUUAAGUCUACUCACAGUACAAACACGGGUAGGUUGGAAGAGGGUUUGGUGGGCAGAGCUCAUAGCAGGAAUGUAGAACACUGCAAUGUCACGGAGUCACAGAAUGGCUUGGGUUGGAAUGCCAGGAUGGUUUUCUUCAGUUUUCCUGGAGAAGAAGGUGACGUCAGGCCAUGGAAUGCUGAGUGCUCACAGGGCUGCUUACAGGCUGAGGGAGCUGGGCUUGUUCAGCCUGGGGAAAAGAAGGCUGCGGCGUGACCUCACUGCAGCCUGCAGUACCUAAAGGGAGCCUACAAACAGGAGGGGAAUCAACUCUUUGAAAGGGGAGAUAACAGCAGGACAAGGGGAAAUGGUUUGAAGUUGAAGGAGGGAAGAUUGAGGUUAGAUGUUGGGGGGAAGUUCUUUACAGAGAGAGUGGUGAGGAGCUGGAACAGCUGCCCAGAGAGGCUGUGGAUGCCCCGUCCAUCCCUGGAGGUGUGCAAGGCCAGGUUGGAUGGGGCCCUGGGCAGCCUGGGCUGCUCUGAAAUGUGAAGAAAAAAGCAAGCAAAAAGAGAAGAAAAAGCAAUGUUUCAGUUAAAAACAAAAAGACUCAAGGGCAGCAGUGGUGAUUGGCGUGAACUGGUCAGUGUUAGACCUGCAGGCAGGUUGGCCAUGGCUGUAGCUUUAUUCCUAAAUUGGAAUUAAGUCAGUAUGGCUCCCAAGGGUGGGAACCUUUGGGUACCAAGGUGGGUGCCUGUGACAAAUUGCUGAGAGGGACUGACAGAGCUUUGAGAUGUUGUAGGGAUCUGUUGGUUCAUGAGAUAGGUUUGUAGUGCUGAAAAUGGUCAUAAAUGUCUUAAUUCUUAAAUGUUGUGGGUUUUUUUGUUGUUUUUUUUUUUUUUACCAAUAACAAGACUCCUGACUUUCAUCUGUGUGCCAGUCGGUUGCUUGCUCUGACAUUGUUACUUGAAUGGCUCCUCUUGGCUUUUCUCUGUGCUCCUGCUCCAGAGCUCACAGCCCUGUUUGGCCGUGGCUGUGGGAGCUCCAGCAGGACAUUGGCAGCUCUGCGCUCAGUGGCCAUGCAGCAUUCCCAUGGCGGUGGGAACCUCUCCCAUCCUUCUCUCCGUGGCCUCUAAGGCAGCUCCAAAGCGGCCAUGCUUUGCUGCAGCUGCGCAUGAGGGUGAUGUCUGGGCUGACGACUCUUCCUCACCCGUUGGCACUGUAACCUGAGGACCAUUGCUGUGCCAUAAGAGAUGGUGCAGCUCUGACUUCUUGUUUCUCUUUGCUGCAUGCAUUGGAUGCUGGGCAGCGUGCAGAUAGAGGAGACAGAAAGCCUGUGUUGUCUUCAACAGCAUGUGUUGUAGCAUGUGAAAAUUGGCAGCUACCUCCAUGUGGGUGACUUGGGCACUUGGCUCCCUUAUACCACCUUUGCGUUUGGGAAAUUUUGUGUUUGAAGUGAUAAAUGUAACAAGAGACCUUAAGUGACCUCAGUUUCUCCAAAUUGGAUGCCUCGUGCCCGAUGUGACAGCAUCAGAGUUAAAAUUAAUAUAAAUUUUGUAAAUCAUUAGUCUGACCUUUUGGUGAACUGGAAAGAAAUGUCAAAUUUCUGUUCCCCUCCCCGCCCCUUAAUCAGAACUCUGUAAUGAAUGAAUUAUUCCUAAUUUCGAGAUUGUAGCUCAAAAGGGCACUCAGAUGGCUGAAAUCCCAUAAGAAGGGCUGACCUUUUGGUUGCUGCUGAUGAAAAUUCAGGAUUUUUCCCAAACUGAGCACUCUGCAGCGGGCCACACAAAGCGCUCAGCAAGAGCAACUCCCUGUUUCGCUCCUGAAUUUGAGGGCACCGCCUGAUCCCGCAGAGAGCCUUCGUGGCCUUGUAGGAGCACUGGAGAUGUAGCUGAGAUGAGGUGCCGACGCUUCUGGUCGUGUGUCUUCCUACCACGUGAAGGAUGGGUCGCCUGUCACCUGCUGCCUCGCACGCAGGUUGGUGUGAUCACGGAAUGGCUUAGGUUGGAAGGGACCUUAAAAACCACUGAGCUCCAACCCCUGACCUGGGCUGGGUGCCCCCGGCAGCUCGGUCUGCCCAGGGUCCCAACCGCAGCCUCGGGCUCCUCCAGAGAUGGGGCAUUCUUGACUUCUCCGGGUAGUGGAGCUGGGUGCUGCUGGGGUCUCUCUCAGGAAGUGGGAAUUGAGGUGCACAGGGAGCAACAGAUCUCUUCCCCGGAAGUUGUUACUGGUGACAGCAGAUCUAUUUACCCUCAAAAACGCCUGGAGAAAGUUUUGGGUUUGAAAAAUACGUUUAGCUGAUGCUAAGAUCGCAUGCUUGCAGAAAUGUGUGCCAGCAAGUGUGCGUGGAGUGGUUCUUGCAAGAGGGAUUUUUGUGCUUUUUUGGCAUUUGUGGUAUCUGGGACUGCAGGAGCUUUGCUGGGUACUGGCUGGGCACAGGGUAGUGGGCAGCUGACACCCACAGCUGGCAUUGUCGCUUUUUGUGUUCUCUGUAUAGCACAAACGUCUCUAGGUACAACUUCUGCAAUAGCAAACAAUGGACUUGAUGUUAUGGAGGGAGAAACUUGCUGUAUUGCAGUCAUUGGGUACUACCGAGCCUUGUGGAAGGGGUUGUGCUUUGAAAGGCUGCAUGCUUAUUUGGGGAAAAGGCAGCUCUGCAGUGAGUGCACUGUGCAGCUCCUUGCUUAUGUCUUUGGCAGUGACAAGGGUUAUUGGAACUGGGUGAAGCAACACAGAAGUCCCACAAAACUUUUAUUUUUUUGGUGAAAAUAGGCUCGGCUCACUGUUUCUUUUCAUUUUCUGGUUUCUCUCCAGCCUGGUAAAACUUUGGAGGCAGCAAUGUGAAAGUAAGAUUAAACUUAAGCCCAGAUUUCGUUUUGACUUUGUAACAUCAUGAAAAUAUUUCUGGUAGGUUUUGCAAAUUGUGCAAUUUAAAAAAUAAUAGAUACCAAAUGUUAAAUUAUUUUGGCACUGCUGUAGGAUUGUCCAGUGCUGGGUAACAGUAUGAGACCCGUCUCCUGUUGGCCUUUUCAGCUGUUUCCUUGGAAAUCUGAGACAAGCAGUUGAACGCAGUGUUUUGCUUGGUAAAUUGCUAUGACAUUGGGCUUCAAAAGACAAUAAUUGAAAAAACAGAGCAGGAGGUUUAAUGCCAUUAAGUUUGUAUAAAAAAAACAACAGCAAAACAGUAAAUCCUUUUAUUUUUGUUUUGAGAGUACCUUCAGUUGCAGGUGAUGUGUGUGCUGGGACUGCUGGGAGCGCUGGCUCCCACCAGGGGCUGCCAGCCAGUUCUUUGUAGUCUGUGGAAUCUGAAUAUUAUGCUCAGGGACGUUUCUCAGCCCACCUCCCACAUGUAGGGAAGGCAGUGUUUGGUAACAAUCAAGUGUGCCACAGAGUUUCUGUUUCAGUUUUUAAAAAUCAGUGCCUUCUUAUGCUGCAAAGAAAAGACAAGCAGAAAAACCCCAGACUGAAAAAGUCCCCCCAUCUAUCAUGCAGUGAUCUGACAGUGCAGGGCGUGGAUUGGGAGGAAAAAAACACAAAACAAAAAGCAGAGGCUGCAGCCUGCCUGUGAUGCUGAGUGUGAAUUUCAUCUGCCGUCUUACCCCUGCCUCCCAUCCUACCUCAUCCCACUGCACCCCAUCCCUUUCCAUCCCACACCACCAGAUCCCACCCCACCCCAUUCCGUUCCAUCCCACACCAACUCAUCCCACACCGCCUGAUCCCAUCCCAUCUCAGUUCACACCACUUUGUUCCACCCCAUUCUAUCCCACCCUAUCCCAUUCCACUCCAUCCCGUCCCACUCCAGCCUACUCCAUCCCUUCCCAUCCUGUUGGCUGUAGGUGCAGUAGCACUGCUGGUACCCAGCCACACUCACCUCUAUAACCCCACACCCAGGGAGCAACUUCACUGUACUGCUUAAAUGCUGCAUGCUUCUGGUGAUGCUCUGCAGCUGCAGGACGGCUCAGAGCUGAGGGAUUUGCCAGGCUGUGUCCAAGAAGCAUCUUAGUGCCCUCCACGUGGCCUUUCAGCAGCUCUUUUUCCAUUUCUUCCAUUUGUGUGAUGUGUCGUCACUUCACUGAGUAAGAUGUUGUCAGUGUUUUGAUGGGAGUGCUUCUGAUGUUUUGUGCUUUCCAAAGCUUCCUACUGCUGGGAUCAGACUGGUGGCUCACAUGGACCAGGGCUGAGCCUGCUGCAGCAUUUCUCAUGCAGGUAUUCUUACACAGGAGUGACCCAGCUGCUUUUCAAAGAUAUUUGCAAGGUCCUGAUCCUGUGCAAAGCUUUCCUUCUGCUGCGGGUUGCCUCCAUGGCUCUGGAUUCCAUCCCUACCCAGAACCGUUUGGGUAUUUCUGACCCAGUGGAAGGAUCCCCUCUGCACAAUAUUCUGGCUGCUUGGUGGAAGGGACGGAUGCCCAUUGCUGUGUGCAGGAGGGGCUGUGCUGUGCACAGAGCUGGGGGCUGUGCAGGCUGCAGGAGUGCAGCGUGGCAUCUGUACUCUCCCUGUCCCUCAGUUCCUGCUUGCUGCAAGACCGAGACUUUCAAAUGCUGCUUGGAAGUUGGACUUCUUGCUUCUCUCGGGCAUGGGUUUGCAGAGGAAUAUUCCUUCCAGCCAGGUCUACACUGGGGUGAUGUUCUCAGUGCUGAGAGCAUCUGCAGCCCAGGGCAGAGCGGGCGUGCAGGAAGAGCUCUGUGCUCCACUUCCCAUCCUGCAGUGCUGAAUAUGGGGCAGAAAUCCUAACUGUGUUACUGGUCUGAAUGGUCCAGUGGAGACAACGGUGGGCUUUGGCUCCCAAGCUGUUGCCCAGCAGCCUGGGUCAUGCCUGUGUUUAACACUGGAGUUUGUGUUUUGUUUCUGCCCGUGUCUCUGGAAGGGCUGCAACAGGGCUGCUGGACUUACAGGCAGAGCUCACCUGUAGGACUGCUCACAGCUCCAGAGCGCUGGAGAAAGCUGGAAAAAAGCCACAAAAGCCAAAGACUUCAAGCUGCAGUGCUGGAGCCCAGCUUUGUGUGUUGGCCAGGAGGAGCCUGUUGGUAAGGAGCAGCCUUGGCACAUGGGUGCCCAACCUGCAGACUUACCUGGGCUGCACUGGGGGACGAGGAAUUGUCUUGAGCUGCGUAUAAAAUGCAUAAGUAUGAAGUAUGAAAGUAAUGCAACAUAUUUUUUAGAAUAUAUUUCAUAUUGAAAAUUUAAAAAAUAGCAAGAACAGGAAACGAGUGGGAUGUUUGACCUUGUUUUUGUGGCACUGAUACAUCAGUCUGGUUCGGUGGCACUGGGUGCAGUUGCAGUGACUUCUCACAGUGUUGGCACAGAUUUUUGAUGAGAUAUUGCUCCUCCUGUACUUCAUCGUUGGCAGCAGUUGCACUGCCAAGCAGUGAUGACGUGAACAAGGCUGCCUGUGAAAUGAGGGAUGUUUCUUGGUGGUAAGAGGGGGCUUACAAAAGUCUGGUGAAGGGACGUGAUCAUGUUUUCCUUUGAGUUGAACGUCUGGUUACAGGUCUGCACGUUCCAUCUGAAAAUUGAAGAGCUGGAUGAUUUUUUUUUUUUUAGAUCUUGCAACUUGUUCUUGAUAUUCUUUAUCAACACAGAAACAAGGCUGCCUGUUUUUCACUGUUCACAAGGCUGUGUUUGGGCAGUGCAUCAAAAUGCAUGGAAUUAUUUCCCAUGACUUGAGUUGCCACACUUUAAGUUUCAUUUCAAAUGCUCUUAUGGUUUGAAGCAUUGCACAGAUAAGGUGUUUCACCUUGAGGACUCAUGUUUAGCUCAUUUAAAUGAGCGGUCAGAUCCCAAAUGCUCCACCUAGGAGCCGUUUUUCAUCGUCACAUUCUGGCAGAAAUUCUCCUUUGGAUUCUGUGAACGACUCGAUUUCAUUUCACAGAUCCUGAGGUUGUUUUAGCAUCUUACCCAACUUAGCCACCCUCCUUCAGAGCAGUAAAUGAUGACCCCGUGAUCACAGCCACGCUGUUAAGGAACUCGUGGAGCUGGUGACGAUUCAGUCCCUUGGGCUUUGUGAAAUUUGCAGCUUUGAUGACAAUUUACGUGGUACUUCCCAUAUCUAAAGCUGUCACGUGCAUUUUCUUGAUGUACAAUGCAGUGAUGCCUCAUCAAACUUGGUUACCCGCAGCAAUUAUGUCAUCUAAUAGUUGUACAGGUCUCUCUUUUUCACCAUCCGUGGCCGGGCUGCCAUUGGUGUCUUACCAGAUGUGUUGGCAAAGGUUAAAGAGAAUCACUUCAGUGUAUUUUUUUACUGCUUCAUACAAAUAAGGAGAUUUAGUUGUGUCUGUUAAUGGCACCAAAGAUACCGUUUCUUCAGUGACAUUGUAUUCAUUAUCUGUACCAAUAAAUGGCAAGCUGAGUCGUAUCUGUAGCAUCAGUGCUUUCAUCUGUUGCCAGAGCAUAAUGCUGGGAAUUAGCAGCUUUACUCUCUGCAUUUCUUUUCAUAGAUUCCCUUCAGUUGGCCUGGCUGCAGUCCGGUGAGACAAACUGCCUGCAGGAAAAUGCCUAUUUUUUUAAUCGGGACAGAUUAUAUCUGCUGCCCUUUCCAUGCAUUGCUUAAUAAGCUCACCAUCAGUAAACCAUUUUGACUUUUUUGCAGUCAGAUUUGCUAUCACAGAAUCAUUAAGGCUGGAAAAGCUGUCUGAGAUCAUUGGUCCAACCAUCAGCCCAUCCUGACCUUGCCCACUGUUUUGCCAUGGAACUAGCCUCUAUGACUGACUCCAUUGGAGUUUUAGCUUUUUUGGAAAGAUUUUGUUGAGGUAACAGACUUUUUUCCAGCUCCACGUUCUGGUGUUACGAAGCAUUCCUUGAUACUCAUCGAAUUUGGCAGCACAUUUCUGCAUAUAAUGUCUUUUUAGAUUGUAAUCUUUGAGAGCAGGCAUGAUGUCCUUACAAACUAAGCGUAGUGCCAUGUUAUUUGUCUUGAUAAACAAGCGCUCAGCUGUCCAUUUUUUUGCUGAAAGCCUUUUGUCCACGAUUUUUCUGUUUUUUGGCCUUUGUUUUUCCUUUGAGACACCGCGAGGCAGGUUGAAAUGCUGCUGUGGGCAGUCGCUGCGUUCUGCUCAACGAGGGGCACGGGCACAUUGCCGCCUGCCUCACACGUGGGCUUUGAUACGACCGAGUGCGAUGGGCACAAGAGGCAGAGUCAGCACUGCGCUGUGCCCUUCCCGUGCCCUGAUUUCAGCCCAGGCAGUGCCAGUCCAACACUGAUGUGUGGUCGUUGCUGAGUGCAGUACCCGGCUGGCUUCCUGGCUAUCCUAAAAUUUGCAGGGAGCAGCACGGGGAUGCUCUGCUCGAUGGCUAACACGCCACUGGAGGUAGAAUUUCCUCAUCUGGUGUUCAGAAGCUCUACAGAUAAAUGCUGUGUAGAGCUGGAAGUGAAAUACAUAAAAUCAAAAUACGGGGUGAAUAUUUGGCUUGCAGAUAUGUAGGAAAUGUGGCAGCUUUGUGGUGGUUGUGGGUACGGUGUUGGAAUGCAUGCAGUUUUUGUGGCAGGUGCAGCUUUCCUCUCUAUCAGCUAAUUCUGGUCUGAUUUGUUGUAAAGUUUCUCAGAAUCACUUCUGCAAGCUGCUCCUGGAGCUGGAGGUCCUCAGAAGCUGUGGGUGCCAGGUAAUGGGACCAGUCCUUGAUCUUCAGCAGCAUCUGCCUCUUACCUCAAAGAUGUGGAAGGUAUUCAGAGGAAAGCAAAUACUGUGCUCACCUCAGAGGGGGUUACUGGGUCGGCAUUCAUGCUUUUCAUCCAGAUUCUGUGUUUUCCUGCAUAUUGCUGGAGGAAAUAGUCGUCGUGCUGCCUUUGCAAAGCCAUGGAUUAGAGCCUUAAAACCAGAAGCAGUUGAUCUGGCACUUCACAUGCCAAGUAGCGUGUGUUGUGUUGGCCAGCACGGUUUGGUGCCUGGUCAGUGUGUUUGGCUGCCAGGCCACCUCUGCAAGUGCCAUCGCCUGCUGUUCCUGGAAGGGUGCCAUCACAGCUGGCUGUAAAAGCCCUACAGCUGCGUCGUGUGGCUGAAUUGAGGCUAUCCCCAGUUAACCUGUUUAAUUACCGUAACGGGUGGGGAAGCGUCACUUCUGCCUCAAGCAGUUACUGUGCUGGGGUGGCUGGGAGCCCGGGCUCUGGACCUUGGCGUAGAGCAGGAGGAAGCUGGGUGGAUGUUUGGGCACAGAGCGAGCGCCGGGCCCUUGUGUAACAAAGGGAUACCGGGACAGGCCAUCGGUGUAUUUUUGCCAAAUUUGGUAGGAUGAGGAAGCUGUGGCAGCUCUUUGAUGCUUCUGCUUGUUGAGCUUGUGGUUCUGUGCCUGACCUCAUCAUCUGUCUGUGUUACUGGCCACAUGGGAGUACUUCAGAAAAUUCUUCUGGUUUUUAUUUUUUCUGACAGAAAGCCAACAACAGGCCCAAGGACCCGUAACUGGUUGUGUAUCGUAGCUGCUCACGUGUCUGUCUCCAGAUAGUGCUUUCCAUCACCAGGUUCGUCACCUGGAUCUCUCCAUCCUGGAACAUUCUCCUCAGCUUUGGACGGCAACCAAACAACCCUGUUUUCAUUUAAUGAUAAUUGAAGUAGCAAAGGGUGGUUUGGAAUGCUCUUGGUAUUUUUCCUUUUACUGGCCAGGUCGUGCCUGUUGGCUUUUUGAUAUUUUGACUGCCCAGGAGUGGAUGACCCUCAGCACGUAGCCUCUUGAAAAUGAAGCAAUGAUUUUAUGAAUAAACGGCAAGACUGAAAUUCAAAAGACAAGUGUCUGGAUCUCACAAAAUCAUUUUCUGUUGCUCUAGGCAGACUGUAUAAUGCCUCAGUUUUCCCAGCACAGGAUCUUGAGAAAAAUGUCUUCAUCACCUCGCAUCAAAAUUGUCAGCAUGAAGUAGUUUGUGAGAUGUUGGAAUGCUGUAGACAUUCUGGUGUUUCUCAUAGGUUUGAAUGAUGAUGGUAAUUCAGUGAGGUCUGUUGAGCGUCUGGAGCCUUCUUGCUAUAGAAGUUACCUUCAUUUGUGUGGUCUUUGUCUUCGGUAGGUGCAGAAAAUUACCUCCUUGUAGCUUCAGGACAGCGCUGUCCUUGUAAACCUAACCACAGAAGUUGGAAAAGACAGCUGAGAUCUUCAGGUCGAUCCACCAACCCAUCCCCACUGACCACAUCCCUCAGUGCCACAUCACCCCUCGUUCUUGAGCACCUCCAGGGAUGGCGACCCCACCGCUCCCUGGGCAGCCCGUGCAGAUGCAUCACUACUCUUUCUAAGAAAUGUUUGCUCAUCUCCAGCCUGAACCUCCCCUGACAUCACUUGAGGCCAUUUCCCCUCAUCAUAUAGCCAAGUGAGUCCUGGGCUCUAGGUCAGCAACCAGACAGACACCCACCAAACAGGUUUAGCAGAGAGGCCAAGGAUUUCGGUGCACACAGCAAUCAGCUGCUGCAGCAUUUUAAAGGCGGUUGUUUCCAAGUCGGAGCCGAGGUGCCCAAACAAUAAGCAUUGCAUGAGCCCCUCUCAGCACCUGGAGCACACUGCGGCGUCUGUGGACAAACUCAGGCCUUUUGCUGUCAGUCUGCCAUCUCUCAGCGGCAUUGAAUUUGCUUCCAAACUAACAAUGCAAGAAGGAAAAAAAAAGUUGCUUCUAUUUUGUUUUUCCAAGCGCUGACAAUAGCCUUUGGAAAAGUCCAGUUUCCUUUCCGAGAAGGUCGCCAUGGCUACUCUCCGUGCAGCGUGUUACAGCCGUGCUGGCUAAUGCAGCAGAAACAGAUUUGGCUUUUCCUUUUGGAUGUAAUGAAUAGCAAACUGCUGCGUAUUCAUUAAGAAAAGCAACUUGCAGAGGUUAAGUGUUUCAUUUCUGGAGCUGCCUUCUAGGGCAGUAAUAAAAAAUAAAUUGGGCGACCAAGGAGGAAAAGGGGUUUAUAAGACGGAAAGUAAGAAGAAAAUAAUUGCUGCUUUGUUACUUUCUUUCCCUGGGUUCUACAAGUGUAAGUUCGGAUCCUUGAGACCAAACUAUGCAGGUUUUUGUUAGAUGUUAGAUCAAAUUUUCUGAAGAAUUAGCUUUGUUUUUUGACAGGAACCUAUCUGAGCAAUUCAGCAGAAAUUAACAGGUUCAUGGACUGCAGUCAUCCAGACCAGGAAAGAUGGAGGGAGGUGAGAUGUUCCAGCUCCUCUGGAUCUUCCAGCCUCAGCCUCCUGCACAGCCCAGGGCAGCGACUCCUGAGUCAAACCCAUGGAUUUCAUUUGGCCUUAAGCUUAAUGUAGAAAAAGCUGACGAAAGCAACAGCAGCGGGAGGAGGAGCACUUCCAGCAGGGAGUGUUUGAAGAGGAGCCCACGGAGCCCAAAAGCAGAGGGCUCCGAUUCGGUGACAUCUCAGUCCUCACCCAGUGAAGAGGCUGGAAUGAUGACUGAGGUGAAGGUGAAAACAGAGGUACCAGAUGACUACAUCGAAGAGGUGAUCUGGCAGGAUGACACCAAAGAUUCCAAGAAGAACAUAAAAGACGGGCCGGGAGAUGUGCCAGCCGAGAUCUGCGUGGUGAUCGGAGGGGUCCGCAACCAGCAGACGCUCGAUGGAAAAGCAGUGGAACGUGGCUCUCCUGUUGGAUAUACACGAAAUCGAUAUUCAGGGACCUGGAUUUUUGACCAUGCAUUGAGAUACACGUCUGGGUCUUAUGAGUGUGGAAUAUGUGGGAAGAAAUACAAGUAUUACAACUGUUUCCAGACCCAUGUGCGAGCGCAUAGAGACACUGAAGCUGCCUCAGGUGAAGGAGCCUCACAAGGCAACAACUUUAGGUACACGUGUGACAUUUGUGGGAAAAAAUAUAAAUAUUAUAGCUGCUUCCAAGAGCACAGAGACCUGCACGCUGUGGAUGUUUUUAGUGUGGAAGGGGCCCCAGAAAACCGGGCAGACCCCUAUGACCAGGCCGUCAUAGCAGCAGAAGAAGUGAAGGAGGAGGAGCCAGAACCGUUCCAGAAGAUUGGUCCAAAAACUGGCAAUUAUACCUGUGAAUUCUGUGGCAAGCAGUACAAAUACUACACUCCAUACCAAGAGCACGUGGCACUGCAUGCACCUAUUAAGUUCUCUCGAUCUCCACUCUUCGUGGCAGUGAAGACACAGGGGAGCCAAUCCAGCAAAAAAACACCGACUUCAAUAAACCGAUGUUCCACCCUCCUGCACCGCACCCCUCCCGGCGUCCCACCGACGUCCCAAUCCCAGAUGUUCCGCGCUCCAAAUUCCGGAUCCCCAGGAAGCAAGGCCAUCACAGCAGAAAGUGCUUUCAGCAGGAGAGUGGAAGGCAAAGCGCAGAACAACUUUGAAGAAACAAACAGCAACUCGCAGAACUCCAGCGCUGUUCAUUCGGGGACAGAAAAACCUAAAGAAAAGAGAUGUAAGCAGAACCCAUCAGAGCCUUACACCUGUGGAGCUUGUGGAAUCCAGUUCCAGUUUUAUAACAAUCUCCUGGAGCACAUGCAGUCCCAUGCAGCUGACAACGAGAACAAUAUUGCCUCUAGCCAGCCCAGAUCACCUCUACCUGUUGUUGAAGAGAAGUGGAAACCGCAGCUCCAAAGAAAUAAUGCUAACAACACCUCUGCGAGCGGCUCCGUAGGGAACAGCGCGAUCCCGGAGAAGGAGCGGCAGAACAUUGCCGAGAGGCUCCUGAGGGUGAUGUGCACUGACCUCGGGGCGCUGAGCGUGGUGAGCGGGAAGGAGUUCAUCAAGCUAGCACAGACCCUGGUGGAUAGCGGGGCUCGCUACGGUGCCUUCUCCGUCACCGAAAUCCUUGGUAAUUUCAACACACUGGCUCUGAAGCAUUUGCCUCGGAUGUACAACCAAGUGAAGGUGAAAGUCACCUGCGCCCUGGGCAGCAACGCCUGCCUGGGCAUCGGGGUCACUUGUCACUCGCAGAGCAUUGGCCCCGAUUCUUGCUACAUCCUCACAGCUUAUCAGGUGGAAGGCAACCACAUCAAGAGUUAUGUCCUGGGAAUUAAGGGCGUAGAUAUUCGAGAUAAUGGUGAUUUUAUCCACCACUGGGUACAGAACGUGCUCUCAGAGUUUGUGAUGUCAGAGAUCAGGACGGUGUACGUCACAGACUGCAAAGUCAAUUCCUCUGCGUUCUCCAAGGCAGGCAUGUGCUUGCGUUGUUCGGCCUGUGCCUUGAACUCAGUAGUGCAGAGCGUGCUGAAUAAGCGAACUCUACAGGCUCGCAAUAUGCACGAAGUGAUCGAGCUCCUGAAUGUCUGUGAAGAUCUGGCGGGAUCCACAGGCCUCUCAAAGGAGACCUUUGGCUCCCUGGAGGAGACUUCUCCCCCGCCCUGCUGGAACUCGGUCACCGACUCCCUCCUACUCGUGCACGAGCGCUACGAGCAGAUCUGCGAGUUCUACAGCAGGGCCAAGAAGAUGAACCUCAUCCAAAACCUGAACAAGCACCUGCUCAGCAACCUGGCGGCUAUUUUGGCACCGGUGAAGCAGGCUGUGAUUGAGUUGAGCAACGAGAGCCGGCCCACCUUGCAGCUGGUACUGCCCACCUACGUCAAACUGGAGAAACUGUUCACUUCCAAAGCUAACGAUGCUGGCGUGGUCAGCAAACUCUGCCACCUCUUCUUGGAGGCGCUGAAGGAGAACUUCAAGGUUCAUUCGGCGCACAAGGUAGCCAUGAUCUUAGACCCCCAGCAGAAGCUGCGGCCUGUCCCGCCGUACCAGCACGAAGAGAUCAUUGGCAAGGUCUGCGAGUUGAUUAACGAGGUGAAAGAGUCCUGGGCAGAAGAAACAGAAUUUGAACCUUCGACCAAGAAGGCCCGGGCAGCAGGGGAAGCCGCAGCAGCUCAGGAAGAAGAUUGGUUCGGGAAAAAUGAAGUCUACGAUUAUUUGCAAGAACCUCUCUUCCAGGCCACUCCUGACCUCUUUCAGUACUGGUCGUGUGUUACCCAAAAGCAUACAAAACUAGCCAAGCUAGCCUUUUGGCUCUUAGCAGUGCCUGCUGUUGGUGCCAGAAGCGAAUGUGUAAAUAUGUGUGAGCAGGCGCUCUUAAUCAAAAGGAGGCGGCUGCUCAGUCCAGAAGACAUGAACAAACUCAUGUUUUUGAAGUCCAACAUGCUUUAAGACUGUCUUUUAAUUAAAACAAAACUUUAAAACACUGUUCCAAACAAAGAAAAAGAAUUUAAGUUCUAAACACUGUGGACCUCAUUAUGAAUGCCCCUGAAAACCAAGUGCUUUUUUAUAUAUAUAUAAAAAUAUAAAUAUAUAUAAAAUUAAGUUUGAGAGGAAAGCUGAGCACGUGAGAGAGACAGCCCUCUGCCAGGAACGUGCUCCUUUCCAUAGAUAGUGUGUGGACUUGACAGACUUUCUAAUGUUUUCAAGUGGGCAGACCAAUGGGAGGCUGAUGUUCUAAAGUCUUCAGGCAGCUGAGAUCUAAAGUGACUUGAAGUUUCUUUUGUUUCUCCUCCACCCCACCUUUCCUCUUGUCCCCUGGGCCAUCUUGCCAUGGAUAAUCAGACUACACUGAACAGAGCAGUUCUGCACUGGACUUUGCUCCUUUGAAUAACUGUACACCUUGAGGGCAUUUGUCUACAGCCUUCUUGACAUACGGUGCACGUUAUCAGGGCAGCUGUGUUUUAUGAACACCAAUAUCUUUAGAAAUCAGGAAGGGAGACUUCAAUUUUUUUAUUAUUAUUUCACUUCUUCAUGUAGGGUUUUUCAAAACAAAAAACAAAAAACACACAAAACCAAAAGUUAGUCUUUUGUCUCCCAGUUUUAACGUGUUAGCUAGCGCUUAUAAGUUUGAUUUAAAACUAAGAGAAGUGAUUCAAGGCAGAAAAUGUACGUUUCUUGGAUUUGCUUUUUCUCACAGCACACCAUCUUUUCUGAAUUCCCAGUGUAAAUUAGCUUCUUGGUGAAUUCUGUGCAUCAGGGGUUCUCAAGCUUGUUGGUAGAGCAGCCCAUUUGUGAUUAAAUGACGCCCUUAUGGGAGCCACAGCAGUUGCUUAUAUGGAAGAGCUGGAGACCAGGACAGGCGAGCGGUGCCCACGCAGCGUCUGUGGGCUCUGCUAUCUGCCAUUGAGAACCCUCGUACCUAAAAUCUUUGCAAACCUUCCCAGUCCUCACACUCAAAAUAGCCUUCGCAAGGCCAAGGACAAACCAAGGUGUAUGAUUUUUCAGGGGAACAAAGAUCAUCAGUGUUGUCAAAGUAGGGUUUGAAGGAAGCUUAGAGAAGCGCAUGGGCUCAAAGAUCCUUCUGAAUGUAAGUGCUCCUGAUUGAGUGCAAAGAAUAUCUUUCCCUUUUAUUUGGAAUGGUUUCCUCUAGUAGCACGAAUGUCUUUUUUAAUACCUACAGUGCAUUACACUACUUGUUAUGUUGUUUAAUUGUUCUGGCUAGGAAGGCUGCGGGCCCUUAAACGUUCACACUCACUGGCUCACCCCAUAUGCAAUUAGAGAUCAUUGUUACACAAAAACAUCUCCACUCUGCGUUCACUAAGGCCAGUGCUCUGCUGUGUCCGGUGCUGUGGGUGCAGCACUGCGUGCUGCUGGAUGGGAUCUCUGCAGGCUGUCGCAUUUGGUGCCUCUUGGACAAUUCCUGACUUCUGGUGCCAAAUUAUAGAUUUCCCAUCGCUUGGACUUGCAUCCCCAGAGGCCAGUUGAAACCAGUUCUGAUUUUUGAAGCAGGGCCUCCAGCUUCCAACAGCAUGCUCCAAAGCUGCUGUUGGAGGUGUGGGAGCACAGCUGGGGCUCCCAGUGGGAGGCUGGGGCCCUCAGACAGCGCAGGGCUAUCUCUGGUGGCUGAGUGUGGUGGUAGGGCCCAUCAAAGGUGCUGGGGCACUCUGAAGUGCAUGCUUGAGACCUUCCCUAGAUCAAGGGGUGUUUGUACCCGAGUGUCUUGCCCCAGAACGACUUGCUCCUUUUGGCUUGCAUCAUGCAAUACUUACUGUAGCCUGAGCACAGACCUCAGGCUGGCAGCACCUCUCAGCGUUGCAAAUGGCCUCUGGGCAAAACCAGUUUUCACCUAAAUUGAGUUUUGCAUAUGGGUAACUUCAAAGGUAGAGUCCACAACCCCACAGGUAGCUGCAGCGUGAGCGGUGCAUGAAGGUGAGCAGCCGAAGCGAAGCUACUGGAGGUCCAGUCUCUGGCAGUGGUUUUUGCAGAUGGCAGUGCAGGUUGCAGGCCAGCUCAGCUCUUUGCUGGUUGUACUUAUUUUCUCCCAUACAGCUCCUGCUCGCCCGGCAACACAUCACAAAAGAAGCCUGUAGUAAGCAAAACCCAAGCCUCAGACUGAAACAAACAAAAAAUCAGCAGGUAGAGGUGGGAGGUGUGCUAAUUAUCCAGCAUUUGUGCUGCAGGGCCUGCUGAAAAGCAGGAGGAGAACGGGGCUGAAGGACAUGUCAAAAACGGGAUGGGCUGCUGAGCCUACAGAGCUCAGCGGAGGGCAGAGCUGAGGCAGGAUUUGCAGCUCUUUCUCCAGAUGGCAUCUUUUACCUUUGCACUUGGUUUGCCUUUGGCUGCAAGAGCCACUCGCAGUCUCUGUGACACCCAGGGCAAUGCCUGACAUCUCUGUGUUCCUUUGAGACAGAGUUCCAAGCACUUCUUUCCUAAGGGUGAGGGCACUCAGAGCUCCCCUUCCCCUUCCUCUUCUCUUCUUGAGGGUUGGACACAAUGAUCUCCAGAGGUCUCUUCCAACUCCUACAAUUCUCUGAUUCUCAUACUCUGAGGCAGAGAUCUGAAGCUUUCUUGCUGCAGUGACCAAAUGCUGGGAUCUCCUGGCCCUCCAUCCCACUGCCUUCUCCAGGGCACCUUUGGUUAUCAUUGCACUGAUGCGAACAUGGAUCUGGGCAAGCAUGGAGUGAUGUCUGGCAGAUGAGGUUCUCCCAAAGACUUAAAAACUCAACUAGCAGCUAAAAGAGCAAAGCAAAACCAAAAGGCUGUGAAACGGAGCAGUCUGGAGGGUCUUGGUAAGAAAACAAGCUGGCCAGAACCUUUUUCCAGUGUGUCAGCCACAGCUCUUUGUGAGUCUUAAGGGAUGGGCUCUGCUCAGUGGGGCUGUUGGUGCUGUGCCUGCUCAUUGCUUGUGUCUGAAGUACCUCAUUGAAAGCAGAGAAGCAUGUCUGGAGCACACCUAUGUAUUCUGAAUGCCAAGUGCUUCUCUUGCUUCUCCUUCCCUCCUUUAGGACUCAGAUUUGUAUUCUAGGGAGUGUAGAUAACUUUACCAAGGUCUGAAUUUUGGAAACUCUUCAUUCAGCAGGUUAUUGGGGUCAGCUCAUUGGGAGCUCUGCUUGGAGCAACGCUUGUUUUGUACGGAGUGCUGCCUGUCCUGCAGUGGGUGACAGCAGGGGAGAGGCUCUCCUGGGAUUGGCCAUUAAAUGUUAUGUCAGUGCCAUGAAGUUCUGCUUCCUUUGAGCUAGGAAAUGUCCUCAGAGUUGGUGCAUCAAUCUAUGGUAGAUCAUGCUGGGAGUUUUGUCUUCUGCUGGUUUGGUUCUGUUCUGUUCACUUGCACUUAAGAAGGAUGUUUGGAGGAAAAACUGGAGUGUGCAUCCUCCAGGCAUUCUCUUGUUUGUGCUUCUUGCUCUGUGCCUGCAGACUUCGCUUUCCAACUUAGGGUUUGCUGUGGGGAUGGCUGUGAUCUGCAGGAGGAGCAGGCACCAAUAGGAGAGGGGGGGGGGGGGGGGGGAAUGAAGGGGUCCUGGUGCUGUCCAAAGUUCUCUGCAGAACUGAGGAGCUCAGAAGGGUGUUGUGUGAGGAUGGCAGUCAGGUGACGUUGGUCUCUUUGUUCAUCUCUCCUCAUGUCUCAGGCAAUAGGCAGCAGUUUUUCUGGCUUGCAGGAUGGGCUGCUGUGCUGUAUUGCUUCUGGGUCCUUUCAGAUGGAAGGAAAUGUUUCUUUUACCAAAGUUUUGUCUGUUGUGAGAAAACUGAUUUGGUUGGAUUUGAACUGGUGCAAUCUGCAAGAGAUUUUCAGGCUCAGGUUUUGCCCAGCGUGGAGGUCUGUUGGUUGCUGACUGAAGCAGUCUCACUGAGAUGAAGCAUCAGUUUUAGCAUCGCUGUGACCUGGUAGCAUUGUUUGGCUGUGCGUGGUGCUGCUCUCCUCUACAGACAGAAUGUGCCCAGAGGCAGCUCAGGAGCCACGAUCCUGCAGUGAAGUUGGGGCAGACACACUCAUAAGAGUUGUGAGUCACUGAAAUCAGAGGGGAAACACUUCUGGAGACUGCUGAGCUCGGCAUUGAGGUUCCUGUGUUGUUACAGCUUGCAGCAAGACAUCUCUGAUCAGUUGGUAUUCCUCCAAAUGCUUGCAGAAACACAAGAGGCAUAGUGUGAGAAGAAAUUCCUGCAUGUGCUGCUGUGGGUGGACCCACUCAGCCCCACACAGAGUACUGCAUGGAAGCAGAAUCCAAGACACUCCCUGCUAGGACUAAUCAGCGCUGCAUCUGCAGGUACUGCACUGCAUCACCGUGGAGCUGGGAGGUGGCUUAAGAGCAGCCACAAAGUUCCCCAGCAGCUGGGAGCACUGCCUUGUGCCGAGCAGGGCUCAGCAUUUCUGCUUAUGGGAGGGGAGGGACUCCGAGCUGUCAGAGGAGGUGGGUCAUUCCUUGCGGAGUCAUUAGGAGUAGUGAGGUGAGAGUGAACAACCAGCAAAGACACUAAAAGCAGUUUCUGGGAAUCAUUUGUUUGUUUUUUUAAUGGAGGAGAAAUCUGCUACCUGGGAGGAAACUGGCACAGGGAUGGGUUUUUAUGGAUCAUGGCCCUGCUGGAAAGGACCUGAGUGUAGUGGUGGAUGGCAGCUGGACACGGGCCAACACUGUGCCCUCACAGCCCAGAGAGCCAGCCGUACCCUGGGCUGCAUCCAAAGCCACGUGCCAGCAGGGCAGGGAGGGGAUCUGCCCCUCUGCUCUGUGCUGUGACACCUCACCUGGAGCACUGCGUCCCGGUGGGGAGUGCUCAGUGCAGGAGAGACGCAGAGCUGUUGGAGGGCCACAAAAAUGAUGGCAGGGAUGGAACACCUCCCUGUGAGGACAAGCUGAGAGUUGGGGCUGCGCAGCCUGGAGAAGAGAAAGCUGUGGGGAGAGCUGAGGGCAACCUAUCAGUACCUACAGGGCUGUGAGAAGGGAGGGGACAGACUCUUCAGCAGGGGCUGUUAUGAUAGGACAAGGGGAAAUGGCUUCAAACUAAAGGAGGGGAAAUGUAGAUUAGAUAUAAGGAAGAAAUUCUUGACAGUAAGGGCAGUGAGGCGCUGCACAGGUUGCACAGAGAGCUGGUGAUGCCCCAUCCCUGCAAACAUCCAAAGUCAGGCUGUUGGAGCUCUGAGCACUGCUGGAGCUGUGGGUGUCCCUGUGCAUUGCAGGGAGUGGGACCUGAUGGCCUUUAAUGAUCCCUUCCAACUCAGAAGUUUCUGUGGUUCUAUGGUUUUGAACCUAACAAGAACAGAGCCUAGACUAGAUGGUUUGGAAGCAGAAUGCUCCACAUAAAGUGCCACAUGGAUAGAAUUGGGGCUGGGCGAGCAUUAGGUGGUGUUCUGCUGUGCGUUUUCUGUGAUCUUGAGUCCAUGGGAUCCUUUGGGAAUGCCCAGAACACCUGUGCUGGGACAUGGGGUGCUGUCAGAUCCCUCUGGAGAAGUGUCUGCCAGCAGUAUGGUCCAGCGCACGGUGUGUGUGACCCUGCGCGCAGUGUCCCCUUCCUGGGCCUUUUGGGAGGCACCACUGGGCAAAGCCACAGCAUGGGGAGGUAAAGCCAAGCACAGCCCCAGGCUGCAGACCUCUCUGGUGCUGGGGCAGUUUGCGUCUGCUAGGCCAGAAAUGGUAAACCAGUGAAGAGUGUAUUGCCCUGGGGUUUAAUUUUCUGUAUGGAAUGUGUGGGGGGUGUCUGUUUGGCUGUUGGUUGGGUGGUUUUGCUGCUCCUGGUAGAGCCUUUUGUUUUAUGACCUGGCAGAAGAGUUUGGCUCAUGUUGUACAGCAGUAUGUCCAGAAGCCCCCAUAGGGUUUAAUGAUCUGUAGGCAGCCAAGCUGGAGUGUUUGAGGAUAGCUGGGAGGUGAGGCACACCAACGUCCUGCCCAGCACCCACUGCUGGUUGAAAGACUCCCUUCCCUCCCGUCAUCUCAGUGUCACCAACAGUGUACUUGCGUCCCAGUGCCGCAAGCACCACAGCCUUAAGGACUGAACAUUUGGCAGUGCAGAUGAGUGCAGGCGUGCCCAACCCUUGCAUUUUACAACCAAAGUUCCUCAAUAAGACCCUUCUGUUCUCACCAGCCCCGAAUGCUCGUGCUCCAUCUUCUGGGGCUCUCGUGGCACUCUGGUGGGUGGGUGGCGGCUCCCACCAGGCUGGGCUGGGAGGAGGGAUGUUCUUUCUUUCCACGUGUCCCAGCAGGAGAGCUGCUUUCCAUGGUCCCUUUACUCUUCCAGGGACCUUUUUUUCUUUAUUUUUUAUUUGUUAACUAAAUUAUUUAAAAGGAAAACUGAUAGGGACGAAGCAGGCUGCGGGCCCAGAGGGUUCUGCUCUGCGCCGUGGCUGGAGCGUCACGCCGACAGCGCUGCCUUGUGCAGCCUGCUGGGCAGAGCAGCUGCCCUCCUGCCCGCCUCGGGUUCUGCAAACUGCUGGGAGCUGCGGUCGUGUGUCACCAAGAAAAAGAUCGGUUUUCUCCUUCCCCUCCUCACCCCCUCCCUCGGUAACUCGUGUGCGUUUCCUUUCUGUAGAUGCAGAUGUUCUAGGCAAUACCACAGAUGCACCUGCGUGUGUCUCUACCUGCGAGUGCAAGAAUCUCAUGUCAUCUUAAAAAAAAAAUACAAAAAAAAAAAAAAAUACAAAAAAUAUACAAAAAAAAAUAUCUUUUUUAGGCCAGAGUUUUCUACAGGUAUUAAUGAAUAUUUUUCUUAAUCCUUAUAAGUUUUAUGUGUUUAAUAUUUCUUAAUACCGGUAGCAUUAAUUUAUACUUUUGUAGCAACACAAUAUUUUUAUAAACCGCCACCGCUGGCUUUGUCUUCAUAACGGGGAAACGUGCGGGCAGCCGGCCCUGCACUGUACCAUGUACUGUAUUUAAAAGGUUAUCUAAUGUCACACUUGCUGUGUUAAUAAACAAAACAAAACCUGUUUGAAGUCUCAUGUAUUGUUGGUGUGGAUCGAAUGACUCAAUAGAGAGCAAUAUUGCACGGGGUUGAGUUGCUGAUUUUCAUUGUGAAAUAUGAACGCUUGAGGCCAACUCAAGUUCUUCUGAUUUUGUUUUUUUUUUUCUUUUUAGGAUUUUGUUUUCUUUCAUUUUGUUUUGGUUUUUUUUUUUUUUUUUUUUUUUUUUUUUUUUUACAGCUGAAUUAAUCAGUGCUGUUUGAAACUUAGACUGACGUCAAAUGAAAAGGAUUAUUAAAGAAAAAAAAAAUCAAGGUGUUUAAAUGUUGCUGUUUUUACAAGUCUGUUGCUGUCUGAAUGGAAAUAUUCCCCAAGAGAGGAGUAGUUCCACUUCACUUCCAAAGGAGCCGAGCGCUCCGGGCAGAGCUCGGUUAUUUGGAGACCUCUUAGAGACAUGUUCUGCAACAUUCUUUUCAGAGUUGAUGCCAAGGCAGAAGACAAACUGUAACUGUAAGAAAGCAUCCGUUGCUUGAGGAUUUUCA